AUGAGUAACGAUGUUAUAAUAAAAAUUGUUUUCACAUUUUCUACUAUCAAAUAUUUAUGUACUUAUGCAUCUUAUCAUUCCUCACAUGGUGGAUGUUCAAUAAACUUUUUUAGAACAAAACUUAAUAUAGAGGUCAACAAUUUGCAUAGCAAAAACACACAUUAUCCGGGCACCAAUCGAAUUUCUGCCGGGUCAGGUUUCAACGAAGAUGUACUAUCAUCAGGGGGUUUUUAUAAUUUCCGAGAACCAAUGGAUUUCACACUUCAUUAA